CUCAUGUUGAUGCAUGAAACAUCUUUAGUUCAGGUAUAAAAUAGGGGUGAUCUCUGCACUGAGCCAAAGUCGUACCUCGAGAUUUCAGCAGGAUCUGAGAAAGUUUCUUCUGGGAAAAAUGGCUAGAGUGUGGGUGCUGCUCUCCGUGGUGCUGGCGAGUUUGUUCUUUAGUCAGGGCGCGACAUUCGAGAACCAGCGUCUCUUCAACAACGCAGUCAUCCGUGUGCAACACCUUCAUCAGCUGGCUGCCAAAAUGAUGGAUGACUUUGAGGAAGCUUUGCUACCUGAAGAACGCAAACAGCUGAGCAAGAUCUUCCCAUUGUCCUUCUGCAAUUCAGACUCCAUCGAAGCUCCAUCAGGCAAAGACGAAACCCAGAAGAGUUCUGUGUUGAAGCUGCUGCACACCUCCUACCGUCUGAUCGAGUCAUGGGAGUUCCCCAGUAAGAACCUGGGCAACCCCAAUCACAUCUCAGAGAAGCUGGCUGACCUGAAAAUGGGCAUCGGUGUGCUUAUCGAGGGAUGUCUGGAUGGACAAACCAGCCUGGAUGAGAACGACUCUCUGGCUCCACCCUUCGAGGAUUUCUACCAGACCCUAACCGAGGGAAACCUGAGGAAGAGCUUCCGUCUGCUCUCCUGCUUCAAGAAGGACAUGCACAAAGUGGAGACCUAUCUGAGCGUGGCCAAGUGCAGGAGAUCCCUGGAUUCCAACUGCACCCUGUAGAGGGCAUGAUUUAGCCUCAGCCUGUGAUUUGAAUUGUUUUAAUAGUCCAGGUGUAGCUAAAUUAUUAAUCCUUUUCCCCUGGAUUUCACUUCUAACUUUAUGUAUUUAUUUUCUCCUCCUCCAUUCUCAUGUCUCGGCAACUUUAAGGUUGUAAAAUGGGACUGGUUUCACAACGGUGCUAUGCAAAUCCAGAUUUCUAUCAAAUAAUGACCAGCAUAUGAUAACCAGGAUGGUGGAAGUAUACGCUCCUGCCUUAUGAAUAUAUAUUAUAUUUUUCAUAUUAGAGUCUAUUCUAUAUACUUUUAAAGUACGAAUAAUAAUUUGCUAUUUAGCUUUGAAUAAUUCCUCUGUGUAAAAAAAAUCUCUGUCUUUGUUUUUGUGGAUUUCCAAUAAACCUAAUCUUCGCAUUAAAAUCA